UGAUCACUGUCAACUACCACACGUGUCAUCAGCCGCGGUGACGGCUACAAUAGAGGGUUACUGUUGUAUUGAUUCUUACGGCGAGAUGCCUGGCAACGGGUGACAACCUACUGGUGUUGUAGAGACAGUCGCCAGGCAGCCUCGCAACGCCCCUCCAAGAACCUCACAGCGCCUUCAGUAUGGCACGAGGCAGGCAGACAAGAGCCAAGAAAACUGCCACGAAGCGGAAGACAGAUGAAAAAGAUGAGGCAGCGCCGGCUAAGCUGCAGAGGGAGGAUAGUGCCAAUACCAAGCUGAGACUCGCCAUCAGUGAGGUCAAGGCUGCCGCCAGCACAGAGACAAAGAAAAAGUACUACAAACCAGACCAUAUAUUACUGAUCCACCACCCACAGGCUGAUGUCUAUGAAGAUUACUCAUGCAUGCUGAACCAAACCAACAUCGGUCAUAACAACAACAAGUUUUAUGUUAUUCAAAUUGUCCAAGAAAAGAAAAAAAUUAUUUGUUUCACACGCUGGGGACGUGUGGGAGAAGAUGGGCAACACAGUGCUCUUAUUGAAAAAGACGCUGAAGCAGCAAUAAAGUCGUUUAAGAAGAAAUAUAAGGAUAAAACAAAAAAUGACUGGGAGAAAAGGGAAAACUUUACUCCCCAUCCAGGAAAAUACACCAUGAUUGAAAUUGAUGAUGAUGAAGAUGAGGAAGCUGAUACAGUGGAUGGAGGUCAGCAGCUAACAAGAACCACAAUAACCUUCACUGGAAUCUGUCCACUCAAUGCAAGAACACUGCUAAUGAUCAAGUUGAUAUUUUCAGACGACAUGUUCAUCGGCCAAAUGUCAGCAAUGCAUUUGGAUAUCAAGAAGAUGCCACUGGGGAAGCUAAGCAAGGCACAGAUAGCUAAAGGACUUGAGGCAUUACUGGAUAUUGAAACUGCAAUAAAAAAUAAGAAGCCUCGUCAAGUGUUGAUGGAUCUGUCAUCAAAAUUCUACACGUAUUGUCCCCAUGACUUUGGCCGUAGUGUGCCAACUGUGCUGGACACAGAAGCCAUUGUCCAGCAAAAGAAGGAAGUUAUGCUGACCCUCAGUGACAUCGAGCUGACACAAUCGCUUCAGAAGGAAAAGUCAGAAAAAGAAAUUCAUCCACUUCUUGAAAAAUACCAAAUGCUGGAGUGUGAAAUGGACCUUCUUGAUAAAAAAAGUGCAGAAUACAAGUUACUUCAGGAAUAUUCUUCAGCCUGCCCUGAUGGUCGAAAAGCAACCCUCUUGGAUAUUUGGAGAGUUGAUCGCAAAGGGGAAAAGGAAAGGUUUCAGGCACAUGAAAGCCUAGAUAACCGUAAGCUGCUGUGGCAUGGGACCAACGUAGCAGUGGUGGCAGCUAUCUUGAAAGCAGGACUCAGGAUCAUGCCCCAUUCAGGAGGUCUCGUUGGUAGGGGCAUCUACUUUGCGUCUGAAUAUGCCAAGAGCUGCUGGUAUGCUCAACCCCAUUAUGGUGUGUUUGAAAAUGAAAACAAUGUGGCCUUCCUCUUUUUGGUGGAAGUGGCUCUUGGAAAGGAAAAGAGUAUUACACAGUGUGACUCUUCCCUCACCAAAGCUCCUGCAGGCUUUGACAGUGUAGUAGCCAGAGGAUCAUCUGAACCAGAUCCUAAAAAGAACAAGAAAACCGUGCUAGAUGGCAAAGAUGUGACUGUCCCAGUUGGAAAGCCAGUGCGUCAGAAAGAGUGGUCCAAAAGUGGUUUCUGCAAAAGUGAAUAUCUUGUUUACCAAGAGAGCCAAGCAAGACUCAGAUAUAUGUUGAAGUUUUCCUAUGCAUAGGAAGAAGUAAUGGUGCUGUGUUUAACAGGAAUGCCUGAAUUUCUUUGUGAACCUUAUUAUUUACAACACUUGAGUUGUUAUUGUUGAUUGUAAUGGACUUGCCCAAUGUGGGGGUAGACUUCAAUGACAUUACAUGAUAACUGAUAUUAUUGUUAAUACUUUAGGCCUAUAUGAUCUAUUAGAGCAAGCAAUUAAAAGUUAUUUGAAAUACAUAUGAUAGAACUAUUUUAUAAAGUUGUUCAGCUAAGAGAGUUAUACUUUGUUAAUUUUACACUACAAAUCUUUGCACAUCAAAAUUUUGUUACCUUCGUGCAGGUGUCAUUUGACUUUGUGUGCACCUGUCUUGCUGCCAUGAAGCAGUAAGGGAACUCAUUAAUAAAUGUUUGGGCUGCUGA